AUGGGUUCAAUGCGACAAGACUUUUCGCGUCUGUACUUGUCAUCAUGCACUCUGCAUCCCCAAGCUCUGUCACAAAAACAUUUGCAACUAUAUUGGAUGUAUACUGGAGGCUCUGUCACUGAAGGUGUGCUUUCUGUAGAUAGCUUUACAUUUCCUACAUCAAGUAAUAGGAUAAAAACAUUUCCAAAUGUAGUGUUUGGUUGUGGAUUUGAGAACAGAGACAUUACUUUUGGAGGUUUUAUUAGUCCUGAAAAUGAGAUAGCAGGAGUUUUCGGUCUAGGCGCAGGAAGAAGAUCGAUCCUGAUGCAACUUGAAACCACUACCCAACUAUGCUUUUCUUAUUGCUUACCUUCCUGGACUGGAAACUAUGGAACCUACACAUGGUUGAGAGCUGGUCCUGAAGCACAACUACUAGGAAAACUGAAAGAUGAUGGUACUGAAGGGUUUGCUAUUGAUUCUGGUGUUGGACCUAGCUUUCUUGUUCCAGAAGCAUAUGACAUUUUGAAGGGUCAGGUAAUUAGUUAUUCUAGGCAGUAUAAUUGGGAACCCAUAAAAGGAGAGCAUACACCAUAUGAUGUUUGCUAUAGAAUCACUUCUAUUGGAAGGGCUACUACUUUACCUACCAUGAUAAUUCACUUUCAAGGAGCCCUAAUGUAUUUCUAA